AUGCCCAACAGUCACCACACCAGCCCGCACCACACCAGGCUGCACCACACCAGCCUGCACCACACCAGCCCGCACCACACCAACCUGCACCAGGCUGCACCACGCCAGCCUGCACCACACCAGCCUGCACCAGCCUGCACCACACCAGCCCACACCAGGCUGCACCACCCAGCCCGCACCACCCAGCCCGCACCACACCAGCCUGCCCACACCAGCCCACCAGCCCGCACCACACCAGCCCACACCAGCCCGCACCACACCAGCCCACAUCAGGCUGCACCACAGCAGCCUGCACCACAGCAGCCUGCACCACACCAGCCCGCACCACACCAGCCCGCACCACACCAGCCCGCACCACACCAGCCCGCACCACACCAGCCUGCACCACACCAGCCUGCACCACACCAGCCCACACCACACCACCCACACCACCCCACACCACACCACCCCGCACCACACCAGCACCACACCAGCACCACCCCACACCAGCCCCACCACACCACAGCACCACACCACCCCACACCACACCAGCCCACACCACACCAGCCCGCAUCACACCAGCCCACACCACACCAGCCCACCCCACACCAGCCUGCACCACACCAGCCUGCACCACACCAGCCCGCACCACACCAGCCCGCACCACACCAGCCCGCACCACACCAGCCUGCACCACACCAGCCUGCACCACACCAGCCCGCACCAGGCUGCACCACACCAGCCUGCACCACAGCAGCCCGCACCAGCCUACACCACAGCAGCCCGCACCACACCAGCCCACCCACACCAGCCCCACCACACCAGCCUGCACCACACCAGCCCACACCAGCCCACACCAGCCUGCAUCCACCAGCCCACACCACCAGCCCACACCACACCAGCCUGCAUCACACCAGCCCACACCACACCAGCCCACACCACACCAGCCUGCACCACACCAGCCCACAACAGCCCGCACCACACCACACCAACCUGCACCACUCGAGCCUGCACCACACCAGCCUGCACCACACCAGCCUGCACCACACCAGCCCGCACUGCACCAGCCUGCACCACAGCAGCCCACACCACACCAGCCUGCAUGAGCAAGUGCCUGACACCAAAAGGACUGUGAGACGAUGA